AUGGGAAAUUGUGGCUGUCGCUGCGUAAAACAACUUGAUGAUAACUAUCAGGAUGAAUUCAACGCUGCCAACGAGAUUCCUCUUACAAAUUUAAACUCGAUUCCAAACGAACCAUUUCAAACGAUUUACAAUGAAGACGAAAAUCUGAAAUAUACCCUUCAUCAAAAUGAGGAAAUAACAACGCAAGCACAAUCACAACACCAUGUACAUAGGUUUAUAUGGCAAAGUAAUUUCUCUUCGCCGGUAGAAGAGUUAUUGAGAAAGGGAAAUGCGAGAGUUCUGGACGUUGGAUGUGGAGAAGGUCCAUGGGUCUUGGAUCUGGCCUCGGAGUUUCAGUGGAGCCUUUUCACGGGCGUUGAUGUUUCUCCUGUGUUUGAUCACAAAAUUGGGCAGUUAAAUGCAACUUUCAUAAAAGCAGACGUUCUCAAUGGUCUGCCUUUUGAUCCUGAUACCUUCGAUUUUGUCCACGUUGGGUUCGUCCCCUUUUCUGAAAAACAAUGGCAGGAAAGAAUUGCGCGAGAACUGGUUCGCAUGUGUAAACCCGGAGGGUGGAUAGAGGUGAUGGACAACGACAAUGAGAUUUGUCAAUCGGGACUAAUAACGAAAAAACUAGAUGCUGCGUAUCGAGGAUAUCUCACAGUCAAAUCCGAAAAUAAUGAACCGUUAAUAAACCCGCGAUUUGAAGAAUAUUUGACCAGCACAGGUCAAAUAAUAAAUAUAAAAAGGGAAGAGAAAAGUUGUAAUUUAGGAAGUCGAGGAGGACAAUUAGGAAUUCAUUUAGUACAGGAGAUGAUUGCCAAGUGGGAGAGAGCGAAGGAGGUAAUGUCAGAACUCAUGGGCGUCACUAUAGAAGAGUUUAAUGCUCACAUCCGAACAUUUGAGAAGGAGGUUAACGACUCCAAAACUUACAUAAAAUACUUGAGAGUUUACGGCCAAAAAAGUAGUAAUUGA